AUGUCCCGGGACUUUUCUAGUCAGCCAAUAUCUCAUUUUGCCGGAACGCCUUCCCCACCUGACAACAGAGAGGGCGUGUUUGAGAUGCCUACCCAGUAUCAAAGACGAUCAAAUCGGCCACGGCCAAUAUCUAUGGCUUACCCGCCUGACUCUGGGCGCCAGUCGCUACCCCCUCCACCUCCCCCGAGGGGACACCCAGCGAGUAGGUCUGUUUCCCACGGUCGAGUGGGGUAUCAGGGCAUGUCCUAUAAUGACCCAGCUAUUCCAUAUAAUGCUUCUAGCCACAUACCUCAGCUGGCACUGUAUGACCAAGCCCAACCCUCGCCCGGCUUUGACGAGCAUAUGUCUGCAACACCUGCAAACUUCGAUACGCCAUCCCGGGCCCCUGGAUCUCGAAGAGCCGCAUCUGCUGGAGCCGUGAUAAGCAGUGCAGGCUCAUCGAGGGCAACGAGUCAGUCGCGAAAUCGAUCACCGCCAAAUGGUAACUGGGAGCCCGGGAUGCCACUUCCGCCACCACCUCCAGGGCCUCCUCCCGCCGCGAGGUCUGUCAGCGUGAGUGGCUCGACAGAAUCCUCAUCUCUGAGAGUAACCCAAAACUCGAACCGGACGACGAGAAGGGGACCUCCUGUGCUAGGAACAGGACUGGGAAGUAUCCCGCCUACGCCAGCUGAUUGGAUAGACGAGGGAUAUUUGAACAGUCGACCAACGGAGACUUUAUAUGUUGAUACAGCAAAAGCAGCCAAGACACUAGAGCCGAAGGACAGUGAUCCUCAGGAUUCAACUGAUCAAAGAACUCCCGGUAGUGGCGGCCUUUUCCGCAGCUCAGCAGUCCGCGAUCCGAGUGCCAAGGGCAUCCGUGAAAGGCGAAUUGAACGACGCAACCGACAAAGCCAGGUAUUCGAGCCGCCAAGUGCGAUAUCACCAAAUGGUAAUUCUUGGGCCGAUGCUCUCGAGCAGAUCAAACCGUCGAACCUGAUUCUACCAGACCAGACCAAUAACCCAGACCACUAUCGGCAUCCAACGUCGGGCAAGUACAAUCAAACUCCCGGCAGUAGCAGCAGCAUUAGACCAGAAGGACCACAUAUUGUCUCACGACCUCGAGCAUCGCCUAGCGCUGUACUUCCCGAACUAUCACCCUACGUCACCCCCAGAAAACAACCCAGCUCUGCUGGUCCCUCGGCUGAAUUUGCGCAUACGCCUCCAUUUUCGCCAAAUCCAAAUGGAGUGGGCUCGUCCGCAGAUGCCAAAGUAACCAGUCAAGCAGUACCGCCAAAAGCACUACCAACUCCGCCUCUCAACUCGGCAAAAGAGGUCCGGCCACGCUCACACUCCCGUGCACCCUCCCAAGAAGCAGAGAGCCGCCCACUCUCUCACAUUCUCCACAUGUCUUAUGAUGCUGUUUCGACAAUGAAACCCUUGCCACUACGCCGAAUGCCAGGACAAACAGCACAGGUCUCAAUGGAAUCGGUCCUUAAAAAAGAUCCUGCUUUCCUGCAUGAUGCGAUUCAAAGACACAAAACCUUUAUUGACAAAGAAGCUAGUGCCGAGGAUGAUGCGGAAGCACUCAAGAUAUUUGCGGACUAUUUACUUGCCGAAUCGCAGAUCCGGCGCCAGCGGUACUCGAAAGUCUGGGAAUCGUUCCAAGUAGACGAUGUGCGCCGCAAUCUUUUCGAGUUGCCGGUCAAGAAACCGCCGAAGCUUAAACCACAGCCAAAGCUAGAUAUCCCACAAAACCGAGAAGGUCGACCGGAGUCUGCAUGGUGGACCAACUAUCAGCCUUGCCUAUCGCCGAUUGCCAGCCUCAACAUGAGCAACGAUGAGAGCUCUCGAGGCCGUGCGCCAAGUCGCUGGUGGGAGUCGGCAACCGGUUCCAGCGGCGAGGGGGCCGAGAGAAGGGUUCAACGAUCCAAGCGGGAAUCCAAGUAUAUGGGCUUGCCUCGAGAGGCCAUGCAUGGGGACCAGGAGUUGACUCCCUCUCAGCCCAAAGAUGUGAGCAUGAACUAUGGGAGUACGGAAUAUGGCUCUGAUGAUUACCCACCUGAGAAAGUCGGCUGGCAUGAAGGGUCUCCUGCAAAUUCUACCGGGACUGGGUAUCGCUAUGAAAGCCGCAAUUUGGACAUCUCGCGGUUGAUCACUCUACCUCCGCCUUAUCCCCGCCACCACCCUGCUGUGAAUAACAGCCAUCCUGAUUUGGUGACUCAUCGAACUACAGUUCGAUCAAUUACUGAUCUCGCGGAGAUCAAAACCACCAGACAUCGGUACAAGGCUGACGUGGAGCGAAUGAUUCAAGAGCAUCAGCAACAAGUCGAUGAGGGGCACCGCCACUUCAGAUCGAAUAUCCAAAGCCAGCUCCAAGAAGGCAGUCUCACCUUUGCGGAAGCAGCAGAAGCCGAGGCGGCGAUGAUUGCCGAAGAGAACGAGCGAGAAAGGGCAAUGGUCAAACGCCAGCUAGACACGUACCAAGAAACAGUGCUCAAGCCGAUGCACGCCAUUCUCGUCGACAGAAUCAGCAGAGCAACAACAUGUAUCAACCAGCUGAGUAGCAUGCUCUCUGACGAUGCACAGAGCGGGACACUGGACCAAACGCAGGAAGAAGGCGAUGAGAAGCCUGAGCUCCUAGAGAAACUGACGCAACUAAAAUGGCUUUUCGAAGCGCGCGAACAGCUCCACCGCGAGUCAUUUGACCUCAUCAGCGAUCGCGACGACAAAUACAAAGCCGUCGCCCUCCUUCCUUACAAGCAAAUGAAAAUCGAAGACAAGCUACGUGAGACUCAAGCUUUCUUCACCCAGGACGCACUCCGCCGCCGCGUUCAGUACGAAACCGAGGCGCUAACCCGACUCGAGAUGUUCCUGGAUGUCAUUGAGCAGAAUGUCAUGCGAGGAGUCGAGGUACAGCUCUCGGCAUUUUGGGAUAUCGCCCCGUCCCUCCUGGCUCUUGUGCAGCAGGCGCCUGAGAACCUACGCGGCUUCCAGGUGCAGAUCCCUGCAGGCGAAUUCGAGGAGAAUCCGAGUUACUAUGAACAUCCGCUGCAAUAUUUAUAUACACUGCUUUCGCAUGCGGAGAAAUCAAGCUACCAGUUCAUUGAGUCGCAGACGAAUCUGCUGUGCCUCUUGCAUGAGGUGAGGUCUGCUGUUAUGAGGGCUAGUCGGAAGCUUGUGGAGACACAACGAAUCAAGCGUGGAGAGACGGAAGACGAUGUUCGUCGUGAGAUGCAGGAGACUCGUGCCAAUGAAGAACUGGCCCUUACGACUGAUCUUAAGGAUAAGGUUGCUACCGUUGAGGGUCAGUGGACUGAGGCGCUGGGGAGCCAGAUUGAGGGUUUGAGAGAACGGGUGAAAAAACAGCUUAUGAGUGAAAACGGUUGGGAGGAACUAGAACAAUUGGAGGAAUAG